UCGCCGUACGGGGCCACCCGCAAACAGCCCCCGAUCACACACGCGGCGCAGCGUUCCCUGCCAUGGCCGCCACCUCCCUCGCCGCCGCUUCGCACUGCCACCGCCACCACAUCCUCCUCCCCGCUCGCCCCAGCCCCGGCUGCUUCAACCUCAGAACCCCCAACCGAGGACGAAUCUGCCCCGCCUUCCCGUCCGUUCUCUGCUCCUCCUCUUCCUCUGCUUCUCACCAGCCCACCGCCGGCGACGAGGAGGAGGCGGAGGAUGGGGAGGAGGGGCACGGGAGGAGGCUUUCGAAGCAGUCCUCGUGGGAGGCCACGGAUGGUCAGGGCGACGACUACCUCUACCGCCUCGGGAAGGAGGCCGACAACAUGAACAUCGCCGUCGGUGCCCGCAGUGGCAUCGUGGACGACCUCUUCGUCGGCAAAUUCCUCGGAAGAGACUCGGAUAUCGUGUUCGAUUACCGCCAGAAGGCGACGAGGAAAUUUGAGUAUCUGCAGGGAGAUUACUACAUCGCGCCUGCCUUCCUCGAUAAAGUUGCGGUCCACAUUGUAAAGAACUUCCUUGCAAAUAAUCUUAAUAUCAAGAUUCCCCUUAUACUUGGUGUCUGGGGUGGCAAGGGGCAAGGGAAAACAUUCCAGACUGAACUUAUAUUUAAAGCAAUGGGUGUUGAGCCUGUUAUUAUGUCUGCUGGAGAACUCGAAUCCGAGAGAGCAGGUGAACCUGGAAGACUUAUACGUGACCGAUACAGAACGGCCUCUCAAGUAGUUCAAAACCAAGGGAAAAUGAGCUGUUUGAUGAUCAAUGACCUAGAUGCUGGUCUUGGAAGAUUUGGACACACACAAAUGACGGUCAAUAAUCAAAUCGUGGUUGGAACAUUGAUGAACUUGGCAGAUAAUCCUAACAGGGUUAGUAUCGGGCAGAAAUGGAGAGAAUCUGAUAUAACACAUAGAAUUCCAAUAAUAGCAACUGGAAAUGAUUUUUCAACACUAUAUGCUCCUUUGAUUCGUGAUGGGAGGAUGGAAAAGUUCUACUGGCAGCCCACCCGUGAAGAUAUAAUUAACAUUGUUCACCGUAUGUAUACAAAGGAUGGGUUAUCUUUUGAGGAAGUUUCAAGCAUUGUAGAUACAUUUCCAAAUCAAGCUCUCGACUUUUAUGGAGCUUUGAGAUCCAGGACAUAUGACCAGGCUAUCUUGCAGUGGGUAAAUGACAUUGGUGGUUAUGAGCAACUAGGUGAAAAGCUUCUCAAGCGGAAGAACAGAGAGAAGCUUCCAACAUUUAUCCCUCCGAAGCCAACACUGGAUGCAUUGAUUCAGUCAGGGAACUCUCUGGUAGAAGAGCAGGCAUUCGUAAUGAAUUCGAACUUGUCAAAAGAAUAUAUGAAGAACUUAGAUGACUAGUUCGAAGCGCAAAAGACAGUACAAAAGGGUACUCUAGUAGCCUACAUCAACCCAAGCCAAGUAUUCUUGUUCCUUUCAAUUUUCUGUAAAUUAUACUGGCCCUCCUACAUUUUGCCCGUGUCUCUCUGCGGAUGAGCUGCAUGUGCAAGUAUAUACUCCCUCCGUUAGUAAAUGUCAUCUCAGUUUCUUUUUUUUGUUUCCCUUUGCUGCUAAAACCACGACACUUAUUUUGAAAAGGAGGGAGUAACAUAUUGUAAAAUAACAUAUGAAAAUAUAUACAGUUGCAAAUGUCAUCUCGGUUUUUUC